AUGGAAAUGAGUUCAUCACCGCUACCCUCCUCUCCAUCGUCCCUUCCUCCGAAUACCACUUACACUCCGAUGCAACAUAAUAACAACAUGUCCACAUUAGACUUGGUGCCGAGUCAUGAUAGUAAUACUUCCCAGACAAAUGAACUUCUUUCUCUCCCGACGACGACGACAACAACAACACCAUCUUCUCAACCACCAUUAACAACAACAACUGCCAAUAGUUCCGUAUUCGUUGAACCUGCUACUGUUGCUACAACUACAACAUUAUCAUCCGAAUUAACCACUUCAUUAAACAUUACUUCCUCAAAGAGUGUGAAUGAUGGUGGAAAAACUAAUGCUAUCAAUCAUGGUAGUAGUUUCAAGUCAAAUUUGCCUUCUUCAAAGUCUCAUCAUCAUCCUCCGAAAGGAGAAAGUAAGAAUACUUUGGAAGAAAGAUCCAAUCCUCGUAUUAUCACUGAAUACAACCCUCUUUCAUCCACAUUCAUUAUACAGCCUCUCAAUCCUAACGAAAAACCUUUACUGGAUGCUGUGAAAGAAGAACUCGAACAUUGGGAUGAUGACGAUGAAGCAGCAGCAGUCUCGAUUCCUCAAACACACAAAGAUCGGCCCACCAAAUCAGCAGCAACAGCUACAACAACUUCGGAAAACAUCCAUCAUGUGGGCGUUGGUGAGGAACAACAACCUCCAUCUCCACUGGCCACUAUCACCAUCAAUAUGGAACAUCACCAUCCAACACUGGAUUCGUUUCACCAUCAUGCAACAGAUCAUCCCAAACAACCUUUUUACAAAAUUCUCGCUUAUUGUAUCUAUUAUAUCGGAAGUGGCUCUACAAGCUCUCUUGUAUUGGGAAUACUUUUACAAAAUCUGGUUAUUCAAUUUCUUGGAGAAGAAAAUAAGGCUCUCCAUUUGAGUAUUAUUGUGACCAUUGCAACAGUGAUUGGUAGUGCUGUCUCACCGGUUGUGGGAAAUAUUUCAGAUCGUAUUGGACGAAAAACUCGAAUUCCCAUUGUGGUGGUUGCAACACUCCUUUGGGCCUUAUCUAUUGUGCUACAAGCUAUUUGUUCCAUGAUGCACACUCAAUUUCCUAAAUAUUACAUAUUUAUUGUGGUGAUAUAUACCAUUGUAUUGUGUUUUGGAAAAUCUGGUUAUGUCACAUCCCAAGCAAUUAUUACUGCAAUGGUUACAGAUUUGUUCCCACAAGAACAAAUCAAUUUAGUGUCUGCACUUGUUGGUGUAUUUACAUUAAUUGGUACACUGCUUGGAGUUGUUCUGGGAGGAAUUCUUGUGAGUCAUAUCGAUUUAAUUUGGGUAUGUUUGGGAUACGCCACACUUUGUACCUUCGUAUGUGUGCCAUUAGCUCUCUUCCAUAAAGAGCUUAGAAAGCCACCCAUUAAUGAAAUACAAAAAGCUGCCAAGGCAGUUUCUGAAUUUGAGGACAUUCCAUUAAAUGACACCUCUAAUGCAGCAGCCAACAAUAACAACAGUUCAGACAUGAUAGAUGCUACUCCAAUGCCAUCCCCACCUCCUCCAAAACCUUCACGCUUCAAACGUGCUCUUUCUUACAUUAUGCAAUUCUUGAUUCCUUUCAAAAAUAGAAAUUUUACUUGGGUGUUUGUGACACGUUUUACAAUCCAACUUACAAAUGCAGCUGCCAAGAACUAUUUUCUUUACUUUAUUCAUGACGUAUUGAAACCAUACAACUUUAUUACUGACAAAUUUCCAACCACAGACACAGAAGCAUUGUCACUUUUUUUGGGAAUUGUCUUUUUGUUUACUUUUGUGAGCGCCUUAUUAGCUCAGAAAAUUGCUAGCAUUAUUGGACGACGAUUUGUGUAUAGUGGUGGAGCACUCAUGGUUGGCAUUGCCAGUAUUGUCCUUAUUAUUUUCAGAUCAUACACGGUCAUGGUAUUGUGUUGCUCAAUUUUAUAUGGUCUAGGAAUAGGGUCUUUCAUUAGUGUGGAUUUGUCACUCGUGAAUUCUGUGCUCAUUUCUAAAGAUGAUUCAGGAAAGGAUUUGGCUUUAUGGAAUAUUUCAGGAACCAUUCCAGAAUUGUUGGGAGUUCCAAUAGGAGGUCUCGUUAUCUUGAUAGGUGACUCUAUUGCUCCAGAUAUCAAAGGCAUGGGAUAUUUGCUGUUAUAUACUUUGGGAGCCUCUCUGCAAGUCUUGUCUGGUUUUAUGAUAUUUUGUGUGAGAAUAAGUAGAGCUCAAGAUACUGGAAAUGUGACCAUCUCCAAUCCACAAGAGCAAUCAUCCAAAAACAACAACAUCUUGGAAGAUACCUCAAGCCAACCAAAUCAUCAUGACGACAAUACGGCCACCAAUAAUUCUACCUUUUCUCCCACCAUUGAAAAAGAAGAGAUUGAAUUACAUGAUGAAGUUUUGCAUCAUUCACAGCAAGUAGUAGAAGGACAAACAAGUAAAGUGUAA